AUGGCUGAGAGCAAAGCGACAGAACACCUCAGAAAAACUAACAUCGAAACUCUGCAGUUUAUUGAAGACCCGUUUGCGAUCACUCAUUUCCUUGCCCUAAUUGUCUUGUUCGAAACGAGCAAUCGGCAUGCCAAUUUGGAAGAGAAAUUGCCAAAAAUGGCAAUUGUUGGGGAAAGUAAAAAUGUCUCAUUCGACGACGAAGAAUCAUCUGAAGCCAUAGAGCUUGAGCCAUACCCCAUGUCUCAGGUUCACGCACUUGAAUUUGCGAAGCCCAGUGGGAAUAACAACAUUACGCUUGGUAUCUUGAGAAUUCUAUAG